AGAAGGUGCAAUAGCUGGAUUCUUCACCUUCCAGUGGGAUGGAGCCGACCAGAAGCCCCCAGAGAGUCACCGUGAGCUCCUGCUUGAGUCGGGAGGACUUGACAAGCGACUCCUACGAGCGCCGAUCGUCGCCCAUCCUGAAGUCGGCGAGCAUUCCUAUCUGGAGGGCAUGACCAAGCCACUGAGCCAAAGCGCCUAUCAAGAGAACCUCGAUAAGAUCCGGUCUAAGAAUAGGAAUGCAUACAACAAGGCCUUUUGGAGGCACUGGCAACAAGCACCCGGAUCCACAACAGGGCCCGAACCCGAACCAACUCCAGCCCCGAAACCCAACAUCUCUUCCUCAGAUCUGCCAACCGUCCUUGUCCCCGACUGGUUUUUCAUCUUCACCACCUACAACAUUCUCGACCUCUGGCCUGGUUCUACGCAAUCUCGCUUCAUCCAGCUCCUCAACACCAUCCGCACCCUCGAAUUGCAGUGCCAAGUCUCGCCGAUGAAACGCCAACGAUGGGACAAGGAAUGGCACGACCCAAGCUCCCUUUGGGAUACCGCGGUCCGGAAAAAGAGCGGCGGCUAGUGGAAAUGCCGCUCUGGCCCAGACGCCCCGAAAGUAGAGCGCUUCUGUAGCAAGUGCCAUCUCUCGUCUGAGGAGAGUACCCCCGAGGACGAAUCGCCCGAGAAGCGGCUGGAGGAGAUAAUGGAAGCGGUCGAGAGGGCAAUGAAAGAGGUUGCGAAGGAAGAUGUGAGGGUUGUUCAAGAGCGGAUGAUGAACGGGAAGUCGUUCUAGAUGUGUCUAGUGGCUGUAGAAGCACAGCGACGGUGUGGAGUUGGUCGGAAAGCCUUGCAGGUAAACCCAGUCUUGUCUUUUCACUUACAGGCAAUGUGUUUCAUGGGCGAUUUGCAGCGCACAUAGAGUGGCAUUGUUGACAGCGUGGAAGGCAAGAUGGUUAAGCUCCUAAUAUUGUGUUUAAUACGUGUGGCAUCCUACAG